AUGGAGAGCAUUGUAGGAAACGGCGUUGGAAGUGGGAUGGGGAGUUUGGCUGAGAGGGCAGGCGCGCACUACGCCCUGCCCAGGGACGAGGACAUCGAUGAAUUUCUCAGCAAAGUGAACGACGUGACAGAGAAGGUGCAAAACAUUUUGAGCGGAAAAAUAACUAUGGAGGAAAUGCAGGAGGAAGAGAAGAAGCUGCUCCUGAAGGAGAAAAUCAAACAAAUGAGAGAAGCGGAAAAGAAGGAGGAGGAACACAGGAGGUAUGUCAUGGGUACAGAGGGUAGCGGAACCAAGGACAGCAACUACAAGUGCUUCUGUACGCACUGCUUGGUGGAAUUUAAGUACGUACUGAGCAACUGUCCCAGGUGCUCAAGGGGUGUUGUAACGAAAGAACAGCGAUUGCGGGACUUGCAGGAGAAGGUCAACCAGUACAGGGAGAGGAAAAAAAAAAGAGACGCCAGGAGGGCUUCGUGGAAGAAGUGGAAAAGUGGGAUAAACCAGAACAAGGACGAAAACGAGGCGCAAAGAAACAACUCCGAUGAUGAGAAUGAUCCACCGCAUAAAACAGCCAUCUCGAAUGCACCCACCACCGACUACGACAAAUGGAACCACUAUGAGCCCAGCUCGGACACCUUCGAUGAAGACGAGAAGAUCCCCUACGUCCCGAAGAACAACAAGGACUUUAACAUUUUGGAGAAAAAAUUACAAAGCGAUAUUGAUAAGAAGAACCAACACAGGAAAGUUGCUCACUCGAUGAAGCUAAGAGGGAAUGACUUCUUCAAGAAAAAGAAAUACGUCCAAGCGGUUGAAUGUUACGAGGAGGCACUACAAGUGUGCAAAGACUACCUAGAGGUUUACAACAACGUGGCUUUAUGUUACCUUAAAACGUACAGGUAUGAUAAAGCCAUUGACAGUUGCAAUCAGGUCAUUCAAUACUACGAUGUUUUUAAGGGAGACUUCCGUAUGAAGAAGGACACCUUAUUUAAAAGUCAUCUCAGGAAAGGACUGGCAUUGUAUAAGCUAUUCAAUUUCGAGGAAGCGUUGGCUAGCUUUCAAUCCGCUUUGGAGUUUUCCCCUGGGGAUGUAGAGGCAUCUGCGUAUAUCCAAAAGUGUGAACGGAUGGUGAGGAAGGGAACUCAAUUGGGGGAAACUCCCCUUCCGAAUGGCACUUCCCCUGCAGCCAGGACGAACAAUGGAAAUGUGAAGGAAGAUACGAUGGACCUUUCCCACACACUCAGUGAGCUAGCCAAAAUGGAUCUCACCAAAGAUGGGAAAAUUUUCUGGGAGACGCUCAAAGGGGUGAAAAAAUCCCUCAAGAGAAGUGAAGAGGCCAAGUUGGCAUUCUACUCAAAUGUAUAUUCCAUAGAUCAUAGUAGAGGAGGUACUCGUAAUGGAGUGGCUAACCGGAAGGGAAAGACCACCUUUCUCGCAUUCUGUGCAGAUAAAAUGGAGGAUGUGCUCUUCUGCGUGAAGAGAGAACAAAACAUGGAAGCCUCCUCCCAGGGGGAACAGCAACAACUGGAAGGAGGCAACCCACUUCCCAAUUAUACCUCCCUCAGUGCCAUCGCCCUCAUCGACUUGAUUACCCUCAUCCUGGACGAAGACCACCAGUGUGCAGACUUUUGCCUCAUCGCAGUAAACCCACUCAUCACCCUUUACCAGUUAAAGAGAAUUAACAAGGGGAGAGUUGUACACCUUUUGAAUUCCAUUGGAAGGGACACAGAAGGGAGGAAAUUGUUACAUGAGCGGAUCAUACAACAGGAAGAUCAUACCCUGUUGGGGAAGCUGCUCACCAGAAUUGAUUACCUCAUCGCAGAGGAGAGAAGCGUCUACACGGAAGAGAAGCGCACAAGGCUGAUGUAUCUAUCAGAGUGCGUUAUAAAAAUGGACAGCGUACGCAGUUAUGGAGUGGAUCUUCGUGGGGUUAUUCAGCAGGGGGGGAAGACAGAUGGAGGGGAUCCCACCACUAGGCGUACACCAAAGUGCAAAACAAACAGAGGGAGUGACACACCGAAGGAGGAAGACCCCUGGAAGGAACUCCAAAAACGAACAGCCAAAAUGUACAAACACAAGUUCGAACUAGCUAAUUUGUUUGGAAUCAUUUCACAUCUAACUCUGAAACAGGACGGACGAGAUGUUCUAGAAAAGGAGUUCAUGAAGCAUAUCUUUAACAUAAUAAUCUACGUCAACGAGCUUUUUUACUCUUGCCAGGGCAUGAACUGCAAUUGCUUGUCUGUUCUGGUUAACCUGGUGGGGAGCACCAACAUUAGGGCCAUCAUCAUGAGUGCCAGCUGGCCACACAUGCUUCACUUUGUGGAGAAAUCGCUUCAGAGUACCCCAGGGGAGGACCUCCUUGAAAAUGUUUUGUCGCUCGUUUUCAAUUUAACCUCCACAUGGAAGGAGCAAAUUAGGAAAGGAGAUGGACCAUCGUCCCCCCCUGGAGAGAAGACUCUAAUUAGGGAAGGCUGUCUGCGGCAAAUGAUCUCCCUCAUUGGGUCAGCCAACAUGAGGAUAGCCGAACUAUGCUACUUAAUAGUCAGUCGAUUUUAUACAUAUGCUUACUGUGGCGUGGUGGACAUAGAAGAAGGGAAGUCAGUGGGUCUCCCCCCCAGGAAAGAAGAAAGACCGUGUCGAAGUGAUCUCAAUUUAUGUACCCCCCAUGAGGACACAUCCAGCGAAAAUCGAAACGUCCAACUGGUAAAUUCACUCAAGCGAAAAAUCAAGAAAGAGAAUGACCAGCUGGUUCACCUGGAUGAAUACUCCUUCGACUCGAUGAAGCAGACCAUUCUGUCCGAGUUGGAGUCCCCACGUGGAGGUGCUUUAACAAGUGCCUGCGUCAACCUACUUUGCUGUUUAUCCAAGUACACAGAUUUCUUGUCUAAGCUGCUCUCCGGGGAAGAGAACCACUUGGAGAGACUAACCAACCGACUGGUCUCCCUCUUCGUAGACAACAAAAGUAAAGUCGAGAGGGACAACUCCACUUCCAUCAUGGUAAAGAACGUAGCGACUUUCUUCACACAAAUGAUAAAAAUCCUCACCGUGAGGGAGGACACGAAUUGGGGAAGUGCCUCCGUAGUGAAGUCCAUCGAGAGAGUCAUUCCCCAUGCAGCCGAGUUGGUGAAUAACGGGAUACACAACGAUGCCACGAGUGAGGAAAUCAGCUUCUUUCUCUCUUACUGCUUCGUUAACGCGCAUUUGAAGCCGGCCGUGCUGGCUGCCUUCCACAACGAUGUGGGGAGAGUAGGCGCGGUGCUUCGCUGCGGGGGUGGGUGA